AUGAAUACGUUAUUGGAUCUUACUUCGAAUGAAUCCUACAAGAAGUAUCAGAAUUAUGUUUUAGAAAUGCAGAAAAAGAUCAACGAACUUGAUGGAAGGAAUCCGAAAAUAGUCAAAGCAAGAUAUGAACAAUAUGAAUCAUUUUUGUCUAUUAUUUGUGACAAAAUUCAUUCAAAUCAAACAAAUGAUGAGUUGAUCAAUAGAUUCUUAGAUAUCUUCCAAAUUCAAAACAAAUUUGAUGAUAUUUAUAAUUUCCUUUCGCAGAGAGCAGAUGUGAAAGAUGAAUCGACAAUAAAAGUUGCAUGUACAAUCGGAUUAUCAGAAAUCGUUGAUGAUCAACAAAACACAAUCCUUCUCUCUGCAUGUUUGAAGAACAAUUACAAUCUUGUCGAAUCUCUUAUCAACAACAAAUGCAACAAAACAGCAAUUAACAAAAAUAAAGACAAUGCAGUUCUUUGCACAUCAAUCAGUGGCAGCACAAAGAUAUUCGAUUUUCUCAUUAAAAAUGGCUUAGAUGCUAAAAUAUCUAACGAAAUCACAGGGAGAAAUGCCGUUUUAACAGCUUGUGAAAGCGGAAACUUUGAAAUGAUUAAGCAUCUAGUAUCUCAAGGCUUUUCACUUUCAGACUUAGACAAAGAAAAUCAAAAUUGUAUACUUCUAGCUGUUUCUUCUGGUAAUUGGGAAAUAAUCCAUUAUUUAAUUCAAAAUGAUGCAGACCCAUCUCUACAUUCAUCAAAUAAUGACCUUCCUAUUUUUAGAUCCGUAAGGCUUGGACAUCUUGAGAUUUUCCAGAAUUUACUUAUAUAUUGUCACAAUUUUGAUCCAAAUGCUGAAGAUGAUUUUCUUACAAUUGCAAUUUCUCAUCAAAGAUACAAAAUAAUAAAAUACAUUAUCGACAAAAAAUUAGUUAGAAUUAAAGAAAAACAUAAAAAUUUAGUUAAAUCGUAUCUUUCGAAUUGCGAUUCUCUUGAAGAAAUAGAAACCAUAAAGAAGAUUGACCCAAUUUUUUCAAGCAAUUAUAAAGCACAGGAAUCUACUAAAUCUGACGCUAAUCAAAACGAAUCAGCAUAUGUUGAUAUAAAUCAAAAUGAAUCAACACCUGCUGAAACAAUUCAAAAUGAAUCAACAUCUGUUGAUAUAAAUCAAAAUGAAUCAACACCUGCUGAAACAAUUCAAAAUGAAUCAACAUCUGUUGAUAUAAAUCAAAAUGAAUCAACAUCUGUUGAUAUAAAUCAAAAUGAAUCAACACCUGCUGAUAUAAAUCAAAAUGAAUCAACACCUGCUGAUAUAAAUCAAAAUGAAUCAACAUCUGUUGAUAUAAAUCAAAAUGAAUCAACAUCUGUUGAUAUAAAUCAAAAUGAAUCAACACUGCUGAAAAAUCAAAAUGAAUCAACAUCUGUUGAAAAAUUCAAAAUGAAUCAAUACCUGCUGAUAUAA